AUUGACCGAUUGAUUGAUGUCUCCCGCCGACGCUCUGGUUGGUGAAUCGGUGAACACGUGGCCAUAUCUGAUUGGACAGAAGACCCCCGCGCGUCCAGAGAACCGAACAUCCAUCGAUUUUUCUUCCUCCUGUUCAGGGAGCUUGACCAUGGUAGGAUUCUUCUCCAAUGGCUUCUCCGGCUCACCGACUGCGCUAGAGAGAGAGAGAGAGAGAAAGAGAUCAUAAUUUCGGUGCGACUGCAGCGAGGGUAAGAUGGCGAUGCCGGUGGGAAUAGCGAUGUAUCUGGCGAAGAUGGUGUGGAUUGCUCUGAGUGGAUGGAUCUUCACCUGCGUCUCCAUAGCCGACGAGAUCGCAGGUUGUCUCAGAACCGGCGACAUCGGCGCUUUCCAUGUCGGCUGAUCGAUUCUAGAUCCAAUCCCUCUCCCGUGCGUACCUCUUCUCCUUCUCGAUUUAACACAACUGCUUCGUUUCCGUUUCCCGAUCUGGAUCGCUUCGAAUCCACUCGACAGAUAGGAAGUAUACAGGCUAUAUAAUUGAUCGAAGAAUCCUCUGUGAAUUCCGAAUCCUGCAAGUUCCCAGAUAAAUUGAUUGUAUAAGCUUGUGUCCGUGAUCGUGUUUUGCUGUGAAUAUGGAAGAUCGAACUUGGUUCGUGCAUACGAGUAUUGUUGCUGGUGUGUAAUUAGGGUUCUUGAGUAAGAAUUUCAUGGAAGGUGUGUCAUUUUCCGACACUGGUUUCUGGUUAAUGCAUAAUUCUGAGACUUUCUGUCGUUCUUUGGGAGAAAAUCCUAUGCCCAUAUCUUUCUUCAA